UGCAUAAGGAGCCAACUGCUUAUAUUCUGGCCAAGUUACGAGGCUGGGAGAACAAGAGUGUGAGGGGAGGGCUGUUAACUCCCUGCGCGCCAGCAGGAUUGGAUCUCCCUUGCCUUCGGGUUUGCUCUGCCGGCAGAGCUCGCAGUACCCUCCCGGGAGAGACCAGUCUGCUGCAGAGAGCCAAGAAUUUGCAGCAAAAUCGAGAGCAGUCUGCAGUGCUCGGCGGGGCCGAUAUCCACAGUCUCGUCUGUCACUUCAGACCCUGACAGGGCAGGAGAAUUUCACCGCCAGUGGGCUCGACUGCCCUGGGCAAAGAAGCAGAGGCAUCGAGAGAAGGGAUUUAAAGAGUUGCUCCUGAGCAUUUGUCAAACUUAUUUCCUGGCUGUGUGCAAAGAGAUCCAACUUCUACUAUCUACGGAGGCUCUGGGUCCAGCCACCCACCUGAAGGUCUAGAAACCAUGCAGACCGUACUUUUUUUGCUAUGUCUCUUGGGACCUGCAGCUGCUAUCCCGACAAAUGCAAGAUUUUUAUCUGACCAUUCCAAACCAACUGCUGAGACCUUGGUACUGCCCACCAAUAAGGAAAUCCCUAUUGUAAGGCUGGAAGCUGCAGACAAUAAAAAGGAAACCUCAGUAUCCACAGAAAACGACCCCAACCACAAGGCUGAACAAUCUUCAACAUUAAGAUCAGAAGAGGGAACCCAUGAACAGGCUGCAGAACCGGACAAGACUCAGAGCCCCGAGCUGGGGUUGGAAGAUCAGGACAGCGAUGACGGCUUAAGUGUGAAUUUAGAGUAUUCGCCAACUGAAGGUAACUUAGAGCCAAAAGAAGAUACAGGCGAGCCUCCAAAGGAAAAACUCCCAGAGAAUAUUGAUUUCCCUGCCUCCAAUGGUAGUUCCUUUGUGGAUUCCGACCGACAAGAGAACGUCACAAAGGGAGAAGAAAACCAAGAACAGCCAGGAAAUGAUUCACAUCUUCUGAACAAGAACAGUACAGACAGCCAAGACCUAAGGGAAGAAGAAAGCCAAGAGCAGGAUCCAAACAUUCUCAAUGGAGAAGAGGAAGAGGAAACAGAGCCAGGGGAAGUUGGCACCCCCACGGAUAACCCAGACAGGGAGAAAGAAUUUCCUGAGGGGAAUUCUAACAGCAGGCAAGAAGAAGACAAUGAGCAAUCUGAUGACACCUUGGAAGAGACCAAUCAACCAACUCAAGUAAGCAAGACGCAGGAGGAGGAGCUUAAGCAAGGUGCCCAGGAAGAAACAGAAGACAAUUCUAAUGCAGAAAUAGAAGAGGACAGUGCCUCAGACAUCGAUGAACACACUCAAGACACUGAAUGGCAGAGCCAAGAAGGAAAAACGGGCCUUGAGGCUAUGGGUAACCACACGGAAACAGAUAAAAAGACUGUUUCUGAGGCUCUGUUCCUAGAUCCUACUGACUAUAGUCACGUCACACCCAGAAAUCCUGGCGCUGAUGCUGAUGCGGCUAAUGAUGACCCGAAGCACAGUGCAAGUGAUGACUAUCUUACCCCAAGCCAGGACUUUAUAGAGGCUGAAAAGGCCCAGUCCAUGUCCUAUCACCUCAAAUAUGAGGAGGAGAGAGAAAGAACACAUAAGAAUGAGAAUGGAGACGCCCAUGAGUCUGGAGACCACCAAGAGGCCAAGAAAGCACAGAGCUCAUCGAAUGAAGAAGAGACCGCGAGCGAAGGCCACGUGCGGGUGCACAGCACUGAUUCCUGUGUGAACUUCCAGUGUAAAAGAGGGCACGUCUGCAAGGCUGAGCCGCAGGGAAAACCCCGGUGUGUCUGCCAAGAUCCGGCGACUUGUCCUCCAGCAAAACCCCUUGACCGAGCUUGUGGCACUGACAACCAGACCUAUGCGAGCUCCUGUCACCUGUUUGCUACUAAGUGCAGACUGGAGGGGACCAAAAAGGGACACCAACUGCAGCUGGAUUAUUUUGGGGCCUGCAAAUCUAUUCCUGUGUGUACUGACUUUGAAGUGGCUCAGUUUCCUUUACGGAUGAGAGACUGGCUCAAGAAUAUUCUUAUGCAGCUUUAUGAACCUAAUCCUAAACACGCUGGGUAUCUAAAUGAAAAGCAGAGAAAUAAGGUCAAGAAGAUCUACCUGGAUGAGAAGAGACUCUUGGCUGGGGACCACCCCAUUGAACUUCUCUUAAGGGACUUUAAGAAAAACUACCAUAUGUAUGUAUAUCCCGUGCACUGGCAGUUUAAUGAGCUGGACCGGCAUCCUAUGGACAGGGUCUUGACACAUUCUGAGCUUGCUCCUCUGCGUGCUUCUCUGGUGCCCAUGGAGCACUGCAUCACCCGCUUCUUUGAAGAGUGUGACCCCAACAAGGACAAGCACAUCACCUUGAAGGAGUGGGGCCACUGCUUUGGAAUUAAAGAAGAAGACAUAGAUGAAAAUCUCCUGUUUUGAAUUAAGAUUGAAAGAACGCAAACUCUGAAGCAUCUUCCUCUGUUCUAACCAUGUAUGAAAUAUAUACAACCAUGACACUGCUAGACUUAUAGAUAGUAAAAUGUUUGCAUGUAUAAGAAGAAAAUGAGAGGACCUCCUUGAGAACAACAUAUAGGUACCAGGCAUUUAACAUUAGCUUAGGAAAUAAAACUUUAAGUCAAUAUAUCCAAAAGACUGUACACUGUUUAAGAACAGCAAUUUAACUCAUAGUAAUUUCACUCUUUGUACCAACUUGUACGAAAUUAUUAAUUAUAAAACUUGAAAAAAUAAUAGUUCAUGUCAUCACGCAUGCUUUGAGAAAAUUUAAUAUUGCUCUUUUGUGGUUAGCAUGUAUUAUUUUCACUAUCUUAAUAUCCUAAUAAAGAGUCCAUAAAACUCCAAA